UUUUGAAACUACCUGGAACGCCUAGCCUCUCUCUGCUUUAACACAUCAGCUGGUUUUUCGCUCACAGGAGUUUAUAUUUAUAUAUAAAUAAAAAGCACCCGAGGAGGGAAUUGUGACACAUUAUGUCUUUUAACAACAUGGCAGACCCUAGGAGACAGAAUAAGAUCCUGAGGUACAAAGCCCCCAGCACAGACAGUAAUCCCACCCUGGAGGACCCCACGCCGGACUACAUGAACCUGCUCGGCAUGAUCUUCAGCAUGUGUGGACUGAUGCUGAAGCUGAAGUGGUGCGCCUGGAUCGCAGUCUACUGCUCCUUCAUCAGCUUCGCAAACUCCAGAAGCUCGGAGGACACCAAACAGAUGAUGAGCAGCUUCAUGCUGUCCAUCUCCGCCGUCGUGAUGUCAUACCUGCAGAACCCUCAGCCAAUGUCGCCGCCAUGGUAACCGCCGGGGCCAAAGAGCAGUACGGAACGUGAAAUCGUGUUAUCUGCCGUUGGUGACGAAAAACAGCCGAUUGACCCCGCCCAUCUACCCCCCCCCACCCCCGGCCAUCGUUGAGUAGAAACAGAGACGGAAAGAGAGAUAUAACGUGACAGGAAGAGAAGGAGGGAGGAGACAGAUGACCAGGAGAGAAGGACAGUAAAGAGGACACUACGUCAGGGCGGAGACAUGGAGGGGACUUUAUCUGCCUUCUCAUGUCCGUCACCUUUUUAACCUUUUCUAAGUUUGUUUGUUGACGGAAAAACUUCAAAAUUCUGUUGCAGGACGUCAUAAAUAAAGUUGUUUGAUUUUAAAAGGA